AAUAUUAUUUAUUUUCUACAUCAUGUUGUUAUUGAAGUCAUUGUUGGAGUUGUUAUUGAAAUUAUAUUUGCCAUGGUUUUUGGUGUUAUUGUUGCUUCUUUUAGUGGUAUUGGUACUUUUUUUGGUAUCGUUGGUGCUUGUGAUUUCACUAUCAUGUUUAGUGCUAUUAGUACUUGUAAUUUCGCCAUCAUGUUUAGUGCUGUUAGUACUUGUUGUCAAAAGAUUAGAGUAAA